GUGCGUAUCCCCGGAAGAACCAGCCGCGGCUCGGAGGAUGAGCUGGUGGCGGUGGCUGCAGCUGCUGCGGCGGCACUGACAGGACACGAGCUCUAUGCCUUUCCGGCUGCUCAUCCCUCUCGGCCUCGUGUGCGUGCUGCUGCCCUUGCACCAUGGUGCGCCAGGCCCCGACGGCACCGCGCCCGACCCCGCCCACUACAGGGAGCGAGUCAAGGCCAUGUUCUACCACGCCUACGACAGUUACCUGGAAAAUGCCUUUCCCUACGACGAGCUGAGACCUCUCACCUGUGACGGGCACGACACCUGGGGCAGUUUUUCUCUGACGCUAAUCGAUGCCCUGGACACCUUGCUGAUUUUGGGGAAUACCUCUGAAUUCCAAAGAGUGGUGGAGGUCCUCCAGGACAAUGUGGACUUUGAUAUCGACGUGAAUGCCUCUGUGUUCGAAACCAACAUCCGAGUGGUAGGAGGACUCCUUUCUGCUCACCUCCUGUCAAAGAAGGCUGGUGUGGAAGUGGAAGCUGGGUGGCCCUGUUCCGGACCUCUCCUCAGAAUGGCAGAGGAGGCAGCCCGAAAACUUCUCCCAGCAUUUCAGACCCCCACGGGCAUGCCCUAUGGAACUGUGAACCUGCUUCGUGGCGUGAAUCCUGGAGAGACUCCUGUUACCUGUACAGCGGGGAUUGGGACCUUCAUUGUGGAAUUUGCCACCCUGAGCAGCCUCACCGGUGACCCUGUGUUCGAAGAUGUGGCCAGAGUGGCCCUGAUGCGCCUCUGGGAGAGCCGGUCAGACAUUGGGCUGGUUGGCAAUCACAUCGAUGUGCUCACUGGCAAAUGGGUGGCCCAGGACGCAGGCAUCGGGGCCGGUGUGGACUCCUAUUUUGAGUACCUGGUAAAAGGAGCAAUCCUUCUUCAGGAUAAGAAGCUCAUGUCCAUGUUUCUAGAGUACAACAAGGCUAUUCGGAAUUACACCUACUUCGAUGACUGGUACCUCUGGGUGCAGAUGUACAAGGGGACCGUGUCCAUGCCAGUCUUCCAGUCCUUGGAGGCCUACUGGCCUGGCCUUCAGAGCCUUAUUGGGGAUAUUGACAAUGCCAUGAGGACCUUCCUCAACUACUACACUGUAUGGAAGCAAUUUGGGGGGCUACCAGAAUUCUACAACAUUCCUCAGGGAUACACAGUGGAAAAGCGAGAAGGCUACCCACUUCGACCGGAACUCAUCGAGAGUGCAAUGUACCUCUACCGUGCCACAGGAGACCCCACUCUCUUAGAACUUGGGAGAGAUGCUGUGGAGUCCAUUGAGAAAAUCAGCAAGGUGGAGUGUGGAUUUGCAACGAUCAAGGACCUCCGGGACCACAAGCUUGACAACCGCAUGGAGUCUUUCUUCCUGGCCGAGACUGUGAAAUACCUCUACCUUCUCUUUCACCCAAACAACUUCAUCCACAACAACGGCUCCACCUUUGACUCUGUGAUGACCCCCCAUGGGGAGUGCAUCCUGGGAGCUGGGGGCUACAUCUUCAACACGGAGGCGCACCCCAUUGACCCUGCUGCCUUGCACUGUUGCCGGAGGCUGAAGGAGGAGCAGUGGGAGGUGGAGGACUUGGUGAGGGAGCUCUCCUCUCUCAGACAGAGCAGGUCCAGAGCUCAGAGAAAGACCAUGAGUUCGGGGCCCUGGGAGCCCCGAGCAGGGCCAGGCACACACUCCUCACCUGAAAGCCGUGAGCAGCCGAGGGGGAGGCAGAGAACCCCACUUCUCAGCUGCCCUAGCCAGCCCUUUACUUCUAAACUGGCACUGCUAGGCCAGGUUUUCCUAGAUUCCUCAUAACCACUGGAUAAUUUUUUUAAUUUUUAUUUUUUUGAGACUGAGCUCUAAUAAUAAAUCUGCUUUUGGCUAUCAAGUUGUACGCACUGGACUCUUAGUGAGAUUUUGCUCAAAAAAAGGAUUUGUGCUAAACAAUCAUGAAUAUUGCUUGUCCCACUCAGCCAGUUGGUAAGGGACUAAACACUGAGGUGCCUGUCUACAUAGCCCCAGGGCUAAAUAUUGAAUCCUUCUUCUUUCUCUGGCAUCUCUGGGGAAGGUGAUGUCACCAGCAUUUCUUUGUUGGUUUUUCCAACACAUGCUUUCAGCUUUUAACUGCCUCCUUCAUCCACGUGUCCUUCUAGGCAAUAGAGGUUUAUUAAGCACCUCUGGGUGCCAGCCAUAACCCCAGAGAGUCAGAAAACAAAGAAAACUGAUUUUAUUCCUGUUGGAACUAGAUUCUGGUAGAGAGAGAUAAACUAG